CACGUGAGGAUAUUGUAGUCACCGGGGUUUAUCACAUGAUUUACCGUCAUGUGACAAAAGUUUACUAAGAAACGCGGAAGGUAGUUGACAGCAGAACUGUGCAUUCAUUAGGGAAGUUGGGCUGUUUUUCAAUUAACUCCCCAAAUUAUUUUCGUGCGCUUCAAGUAACUGAAGGAAUACUGGUUUGCAGUUUUACUUAGCAGACUGAGAGUAUAAUUAACUAAAGAGGAAGGACUGUGUUGGCAGGUGCCGUGACAUUGAAGAACUAUGCUGGGGAAGUACCUACUUCUCCGUGUUUGUGGGUUAGUCAGCCUGCUAGGCAGCUGUGGUGCUGCUGUGGUCCUUACUGUACCUGAAAUGGUUUUAUUGGAAAAGGGAAGUUUACAAAAUAUUAGUGUUGCUCCAAAUGGCACAGUAAACAAGGAAGCCAUCAUUACAUUCAACCUGACAUACUCCUCAAAAAAUACCACCAUAGUGUCACUGCCAGACCAGAUCAUUCUGCCUGCAAAUUCACGAGAUGCAGUGAACCUACCAGUGUUUGCUAAGGAAGCUGGAUCUGCUACUGUUUACCUGAAUAGUAACAAUAUCAACUUGAGUGUCAAACUGACAAGAAUCCGAUUUUUGGUGAUUCACAGCAUUGCCCUGGACAUUGUAAACCAAGUGAUUGGCUGGAUAUAUUUCCUGGCGUGGUCCAUCUCCUUCUACCCACAAGUCAUUGAGAACUGGAGAAGGAAAAGUGUGGUGGGACUUAGUUUUGAUUUUCUGGCACUAAAUCUCACUGGCUUUAUUGCAUACAGCGUAUUUAACGUUGGACUCUUUUGGGUGCCUUAUAUUAAGGAUGAGUUUUUGCAGCAGAAUCCAAAUGGAGUAAACCCUGUAGAUGCUAACGAUGUGUUCUUCAGUCUACAUGCGGUACUGCUGACACUUGUUGCUAUCGUUCAGUGCUGUGUGUAUGAGCGAGGAGACCAAAAAGUGUCGAAAAUCGCUAUUGGACUUCUGGUGGUAGCGUGGGCAUUUGCUCUUUCGUCGCUUUUCGUAGCUGUGGCUGGAAAAAUCACUUGGCUACAGUAUCUUUACUAUUUUUCCUACAUUAAACUAGGAGUCACACUGACGAAAUACACUCCUCAGGUAUAUCUAAAUUAUCGCCGGAAGAGCACAGAAGGAUGGAGCAUUGGAAAUGUACUGCUAGACUUCACUGGGGGAGCCUUCAGCUUACUGCAGAUGUUUUUGCAGUCCUACAAUAGUGAUGCAUGGACACUGAUCUUUGGUGACCCAACUAAGUUUGGUCUGGGUUUAUUCUCGAUUAUGUUUGACAUCAUAUUUAUGAUACAGCACUACUGCCUGUAUAGGCACUCAAAGCAUGGGUAUGAGCAAUGUGAUGGAGUCUGGUGAAAAGCUGAAAAUAAAUGCACUUAAAUCAUGCACUUGGAAAUGGACAUCUGCCCUGUUUAUGACCCAAACUGUAUGGUACUAGCCUUACCACAUGCAGGCACAGGUCUGUUGGUUCUUUACUGCUGACAGUUUUGCACUAGUCUUCAAAAAGUAGCACUUGAAGGGAACCAAAAAUUAUACUUAACAGAAGAACAAAGCAACUGCAGUUCAUAAUUGUAAGUCUCUGUGCACUUUAAUCUUAUUUUUACAGAUGUACUUCAAUUAGUAUAAUGAUAUUUGAAAAAAAAUUAAAAAGAAGGACUUAUCUGCUCCUUGGACAAGAUUUUUUGCCACCUUACUUCUUCCUUGACUACAUAUAAAUUGUUACUUGGCAGUCCUUGUGAAGAGAACUAUCAUCUGUUUUUAUUUCUGAUAUACAUGACUGUACUUGUUCACACAUUUUGCAGCCCCUAUCCCUUCUGUUACAGGUUUACUUGUCCAUCAGCAGUAAACUCUAUUGACAUCAAAGGCCAGUACCAAAGACCAGCAAGAUACCUUGGAUGUACUGAAACAAGACAUGUACUUCACCAGUAAAGCUAACAUAUUCCAUAAGGUGAAUACUGGACUGCCAAUUAUGCAGGAAAACGAGCCUGCUCACCAAACAUUUUAGCUGUAUCCAAAAGGAAUUCAUGGCCUUUUAGAAUAUAAUUCUGAGGAUGACUUCACAAUAUUGUACAAUGAUGUUACAUACAAGAAUAGCCUUGUGUAGUCCACAAAGUCUUUAUACAUUAGGACACUGUGGUAUAAAAAGAUUUUGUAUACAUUAGGACACUGUGGUAUAAAAAGAUUUUGUUGUUUUGAGGGUUUUUUUAUUUUUUUUUUGGGGGGGGGGGUGCAGAACUUAAUUAAUUUGCUCCAUUUCAAACAUGGGAAACAAAACUAAAAAUAUGAUCUUCAGUCCUGAGACAGAUGUAAUUGGAACAGAUUCAGUUAAUCAGCCACAGGUAUUGAUCCUGAAUAAGCAAGAGUCUUCAUUUUAUUAAGCAGAUAGUUAGAAUUGUGCUAGAUCUGUACCAUUUCCCCCCUUGUGUUACUACAGUUUUCCUACCCAGAAUAAAGUUUUUCUUUGA